CACACUUGACAUUUCACACACUCCUCAUUGAUUUGAUUUUUGAAAGAAAAAGAUCAAAGCGAAGACAUCGUCUUCUUCUUUUCUCAUCUCAUCGUCUUCUUUCUUUCUCUUUCUUUCUGAGGGCUAUAAAAAGAAAAAUAAAAGAGAAGGAUGGCGAGGAGAGCAGACGAGGAAUACGACUACCUGUUCAAGGUAGUAUUAAUCGGCGACUCAGGAGUAGAAUCGAACCUCCUCUCCCGAUUUACUCGCAACGAGUUCUGUUUGGAGUCCAAGUCCACCAUUGGCGUCGAAUUCGCUACUCGCACUCUUCAAGUUGAAGGAAGGACUGUGAAAGCUCAGAUAUGGGACACAGCUGGACAGGAGCGAUACAGAGCAAUCACCAGUGCCUACUAUAGGGGUGCCCUUGGAGCUCUUCUUGUAUAUGAUGUUACAAAGCCAACAACAUUUGAAAAUGUGAGUCGGUGGCUGAAGGAGCUGAGGGAUCAUGCGGAUUCCAAUAUUGUGAUCAUGUUAAUUGGGAACAAGACUGAUCUGAAACAUCUUCGAGCGGUUGCCACCGAGGAUGCUCAAAGUUAUGCAGAGAAAGAAGGGCUUGCAUUUAUAGAGACAUCCGCUCUCGAAGCAACAAAUGUUGAGAAGGCUUUCCAGACAAUUCUUUCAGAGAUAUAUAGGAUAGUUAGUAAGAAGUCACUUUCUUCAGAAGAGUCAGCACCUGCUAGUAUCAAAGACGGGAAGACAAUUGUAGUUGGAGGACCUGAGCCCGACACUAAAAAGACUUGCUGCUCUUCAUCCUGAAAGAGUAAGUGUUGUUGUGCUGAAUUUCCCCCUUUGGAUGUCUCUAUUUUCUUACCCUUUUUGCCAUGUUCACUCGAUCCAUAUCAGUUUUUUUUUUCUUCCUAAUUUUUAUAUGGUCGAACCGUAUUGUUGUUGAGAUUUCAUAUGCCUUCACAUGAUAUAUUGAAAGUAUUUUUUUUAA